UGAGUCAGUGCACAGCAUAAAACCAAGAGAGAGACAGAUUUUUUAGGCUGGGCUUUACAAUCAGCAUAUGGUCGUGAGACGCUCAACGCUGAAACAUUGCAAAGAAGAAAACGAUAUAAACAAAGGAGAGGAACGAGAGCGCGCUGAGACACUGGUGUUGUUUGAAUGAGCUCAGUGAAGUCUCUCCCGGGACACAGUAUGUGACGGGGGGGGGGCACAAAACGUCACUACACCUGCUGCGGGCUGGGAUAAAUGCACGAUAGAGAGAGAAAGAGAGAUGUCUCGUUUUCACUUUCUCAGUCGCACUAUAAAGAGCUUGCCAAGGCAACUCCACGUGAAUCAGAUUUCUGGGAAUAAUCGUCUGUUUGGAUAAGAAGGUUAUUGGGCGGAAAGAAAACAAACAACAAUGCCCCAACGACGCACCAUUCAUUCCUGGCGCUGCCUCUUGUUCACGCGGUCGUGCGGUAUUUCCCGGUUGAUUCCCAUUAUUGGAGAGUGUCAGUAGUAGGCGGUGACCGGAGCUGCAUGCCUGCUGCCGGUGUCUCGAGCUGACCCGAUCCCUACAGCCUGCCCCCGGUGUAGAUAUGACUUCCUGGCUACAUAAAUACGGUUACCCGACUCUGCAUUGCGUGCUGCUCUGCGUGGUAUUGGCCGCUAACAUCAUCGGCGGGAGCUCUCAUUCCGGUGAGCGUGUAUGUUCGUCUCCUCCUGUCUCAUCGUGUUCAGAGUGCCUCCGACGCGGACCACAGUGUGCCUGGUGCUUUGAGGCGGGUUUCCUGGAUGGAGCGGAGGUGGGAGAGCGCUGCGACCUGGUGGGGAACCUGGCAAGGAGGGGGUGUGGCCUAGAGUUCAUAGAGCAUCCAGAGGUCAUGGUGGAGGUCAAUGCUACGACCAGCAGCACUCAGGUGUCACCGGGAGAGAUCACCCUCACACUCAGACCAGGUGCUGAGGCCAGUGUGAUAGUAGCAGUACAACAGUUAGAGAGGUAUCCUGUUGAUCUAUACUACCUGGUGGACGUAUCAGCAUCCAUGCAGGAAAACCUGGACCAGCUGAAGACGGUGGGCGUAGCCUUGUCCCACCGUAUGAGAGAACAUUCCAGUGAUCUGCGUCUGGGGUUCGGCUCCUUCGUUGACAAACCUGUCUCCCCCUACAUCAAUGUACACCCCUCUAAGAUAAAUAACCCCUGCAGUGACUAUGAGGUGAAGUGUCGCCCAGCCCAUGGCUUCCACCACGUUCUUAGUAUGACGGCCAACAUGUCCGAGUUUACACGCAUCAUCAAGAGACAGAGGAUAUCAGGCAACAUGGACACACCAGAGGGAGGGUUAGACGCUAUGCUCCAAGCUACUGUAUGUCAGGGUGAGGUGGGUUGGCGUGGGGAGGCCAAGCGUCUGUUGUUGUUGAUGACAGACCAGCCUUCUCACCUGGCGUUGGACAGCAGACUGGCUGGUAUAGUCACACCCCAUGAUGGCCUCUGCCAUCUGGAGAACAACGUCUAUAUGGAGAGCACUACCAUGGACCAUCCCAGUUUAGGCCUGUUGGCUGAGAAGCUUCUAGAGAACCACAUCUACUCUCUCUUUGCUGUGGAACAACUACAAUAUCAGUGGUAUGAGGAGUUGGUCAGGUUGCUACCAGGCUCCAAUCUUCUGUUCCAGGCUCCCAAACUUAUAGACGUGGUGGUGGAUGCAUACAAGAGGUUGUUGUCAGUUGUCCAGGUGUCUGUGUCAGUGGAGGACAGAGCAUUCAGCCGUUUCCUGGUCAGCGUCUCUCCUCUCUGUCCGGAAGGAUCUGUAUCCCACGACAACCGCAGCUGCUCCAACGUCCAGCCCAACCAGACGGUCUACUUCAACAUCACCAUCGGUCUGCACUCCUGUCCUGACGAUGAUGAUGAUGACGUGGUCCAGGUCUUCGUCAGGCCCGUGGGUUACAAUGAGUCAUCCAUCAUCAAGGUUCACUCACGAUGUCGCUGUCACUGUGGACCGGACUGGCAUUGCCACGACGAUACCACACAUCAGUCAACGUGUGGUGAGGUCACCCCAGAUACAGACCGUAAUAAUCAAGACAUGAACAAUCGGGACAUGCACACACACACACCGGACCUAGACCCAGAGCACACACCCACACGCCCUCACACACACACACCGGACCUAGACCCAGAGCACACACCCACACGCCCUCACACACACACACCGGACCUAGACCCAGAGCACACACCCACACGCUCUCACACACACACACCGGACCUAGACCCAGAGCACACACCCACACGCCCUCACACACACGGACCGGAGUGGUCACGGCAGUGUCGUGCGGAGGGAUCGGGGGUGGACUGUAACGGUCGGGGAGUGUGUGUGUGUGGGAAGUGUGUGUGUGAGAGGAACAGUCUAGGAACAGUGUAUGGACAGUACUGUCAGAUGGACGACUACUCCUGCCCCUACCAACACGGACUACUGUGUGGAGGGCGAGGUAUGUGUGUGUCUGGUGAUUGUGUAUGUGAAGAGGGCUGGACAGGAGAGAGCUGCAGGUGCCCAGUCUCUACGGCAAUCUGCCUGUCCGACAACGGGUUGCUAUGCAGCGGGCGUGGCAGGUGUGUGUGUGGCAGAUGUGUGUGUGACAACCAUCAAUAUUCCGGAGCAUUUUGUGAGAGAUGUCCCACCUGCCACAGCUCCUGUCAGUCACACUGGAGGUGUAUAGACUGUCACUUGUCUCACGGUCUGUCUCAGAGAGAGGCUGGGGAGUGCAACCAUACCUGCAUCCCAUUAGUGGGUUACGUCAAUGAUGUCACAGUCCUACUAGGCCAGGUAUGGAGACAGUGUGUGUAUAAGAAAGACAACUGUUACUAUCGCUUCCACACUGCACUUGUCUCAGGAAAUACUCUUCUACAUUUCAACACACAACCUGAGUGUGUUUCCAGUAGGCGGUAUGUGGGGACCUUCCUCAGUGUGUGUGUGUUGACGUUCCUCCCUGGCUUGGUGAUGCUGGCUGUGCUGGUGCUGCUGCUGCACAGACGAUCUUUGCCACAGGGUGGCGCCACUGAUCAACAAUACAACCCCACUGGCAAGGAUCUGUCACACGUCCCAAAGACCAAUGAGAAGACGGUAUCCUACAGGAGGGACCGCCCCCCGGGCCCUGACCGACCAAUGGAGAUGCAUAUCACCGUUCCCAAGAUGCCCCUGGGCGAACCCUGGCAGUAAGGGGUCAGGGGUUAGAGGUCAACAGUUGAAGUGGGCCAAUGCUGACCGGUACAGAAAAGCAGCAACUCUAAUGUUAUACUGCUUGAGAACCGGCACCUGUGAAAUACAGGUACAGUAAAAUGACAGUGAGCAGGGCUACAGGAAUCUUCUCUCAGUACACUUGCACUGGUUACAGGUUAGGGGAAGGAUAGUAAAUCAUGAAAAACUGGACAGAGUAACACUCCAAACAGGAGUCUUGUUACUGAUACUGUAAUAUUAUGUGGCUUUAUGGACUGGCAGCCAUUGAAAGGUACUGAACAUUGAUCGAUUUAUCAAUGCUAAAUAUUUAUGCUUUUAUUACAGAGAACACUACAAGUUUAUUAGUUUACUUGAUCUCUCUCUCUCUACUCAACCUGUGUGUCCUGCGUUAGCUUGCCACCUAGUGGUCAGUGGUGAAACGACAUAACAGAAUGGGAUGAAUGAAUAAUUGGAUGAAGGAAUGAAUGAAUGAAUGAGUGAAUGGUGACCUUGCACCAGCAGUAACGUGUGAAUAUGUGACACUCCACAAUCAUUACCUUUUUUUUUUUACCUACCGCCAAAUCUACUUGAUUUCUUUAUUCUAUGUGCCUGGCAUAACUGGAGUUUUGAGAGGACAGGUAGCCUCCAACGGUUGUUAAUGUACAGUAUCUAGUUUUAAUAUUUGAAACAAGCAUUAAUUUAAAAUUAGCAUACUUGUGGAGAGACAGAGUAGAGAUUUGCACUAGCAUCGUUACGUAGCAUGAUAGGUCGUAGUGUUGUCAGACUACUGAGUGCUAAUUGGCUCCUGAACUAUUGGGAAGGCUGCUGAUUGGCUCCUAAACUACUGGGAAGGCUCCUGAUUGGAUCCUGAACGUUCCAUAAUACACUUCUAUCUACAACAAUUCCAGUAAACAAAACUAUGAAUAAUAUUUAAUAAUGCAUUUGUUGCAUGUUUUCUUUACAUCUGAUGUUUGAUGUUUACAGCAUUCAUUAGCUGCUAAUUUAUUUAGUCCAUAACACUAAUAUCAUUAUUUAUUGUGAUUUAUUUCAACAAAAAAAAAAUGUUUAUUGUCAUUUUUGUAUUCUAUUUUUAAUUAAAGGUACUGACUGCCUACAGGGCUGUAAUAUUACAGGACUGUAUCUCAAUGUUAAAUGAAUCAGUAAUUAUAAAAAUGAUCUCUCUAACUGGCAGACUUGGGUCAAAUACUUUCAAAAACUGGUAUCACAUUAUUAGAAUGGUACCCAUUGUCUCACGUCAGAAAGCUUGACAACCUUGUCUGCAUAGUUCAUGGCCAGUCUGAAGACAAUGAAGGGCACCUACUGCACAUUUGGAAAGUAUUCAGACCCCUUGACUUUUUCCACAUUUUGUUACGUUACAGCCUUAUUCUAAAAUGUAUUAAAUUAUUUAAUUUUCUCAUCAAUCUACACACAAUACCCCAUACUGACAAA